ACUAACUUCUGCUGCCAACAGAGCUCUGACUGACAGACAGACAGACAGGGAGACACACAGACAGGUUACACAAAGUGAAGGAAAACAGAGCGGAUUCAAGAACUUAAGAGAAAGCAAAUGAGAGAUUAAGAAAGGACAAAUAAGGAGAGCUGGAAAGGCGCUCCACACCGAAGCAGACCAGUCGGCCUCCUGUGCUUUGUCAGAUUGCAAGUGUUGUACGUCUGUCUGUCCAUCUGAUAUCUUGGUCAAUCAGUACUCUGGUGAAUACAGCAAAAGAGUGACCGCUUGAAACAGGCUACACAUCACGAUGGCUCCCAAAAAGAAGUCAGCACGCCCUAAGAAGGCUAUUCCUGAAGUGACAACAGUUGAGAGUGGAGUGCUUGUCCCGGAGCCCAAUGUAAAAAAGCUGGAGCUCCCUCUGAAUGUGGAGCAGCUGAACCGUCUGAAUGGGGUGCCGCUACCCCCGCCGGUGAUCCGGCCAGGGGAGAAGGGUUUUGGACUGGGCACUGAGCUCACCAGGCCUCUGCAUGGAUCUGCCCUGCUGGAGGAGCUGAGCCGCAUGAGACAGGAACGCUUCCUCACUGACAUGGAGCUGGCCUGUAAAACCAAAGCGUUCGAUGUUCACAAACUUGUCAUCUCCUCAGUCAGUCAGUAUCUGCGAGAAGUCCUGGCCAAAGAUCCUGGACUCAAGCGACUAGAGCUCCCUACCCUCUCGCCUCUCGGACUUGCCAAUGUGAUUACCUUUGCUUACCUGGGCCGUGUGCACAUGUCUCUGUACACCAUUGGUUGCACUGUGUCUGCAGCCAGCACUCUGCAGAUCCCGCAUCUUCUCCAGAUGUGCAUGGAUUUCCUGAUGGCCGAGCUGAACACACACACCUGUGUGUAUGUGUGGAACAUCGGUGCUGCCUACGGCCUUAUGCCUGUCCGAGAUGCCGCCCGGCGCUACAUCUUAGAGAAUUUUGCCCAGUUUUCUGAAACAACCCAAUUCAAUCAACUCACCUUUGAGCAGAUCACAGCUUUCCUGCAGGAUGACAACCUUAUUCUUCCUUCAGAGGUCUCCACGUUUCAGAUUGCAAUGAAGUGGUUAGACUUUGACCCUAAGAGGCAGGAGCACGCUGCAGAACUGCUGUCCCACGUGCGAUUUGAGACCAUCCCGGCUAGUGAGCUGGUUAGCGAGAUCCAGCCGGUGCCACGUAUGAUGCUAGAUCCCCAGUGUCACCGUCUUCUGGUGGAUGCCAUGAACUACCAUUUGCUGCCCUACCAGCAGAACACACUGCAGUCACGCCGAACAAAAGUCCGCGGGAGCCAGAAUGCUCUACUAACCAUUGGAGGACGGCCUUCGCUGACUGAACGUGCCCUAAGUCGAGAGGUUCUGUGGAGAGAUCCUCGAGAGGGAACGGCUACAUGGCGCCAUCUUACUCAACUUCCAGCAAAGAGCUUCAACCAGUGUGUGGCCGUGAUGGACGGAUUCCUGUAUGUAGCAGGAGGAGAGGAUCAAAACGAUGCCCGAAACCAGGCUAAACAUGCUGUUGGUACCCUUAGCAGAUAUGACCCUCGCUUCAACACAUGGCUGCAUCUGACCAGCAUGCGCCAACGACGUACCCACUUCAGUUUGGUGGCCACAAAUGGGCGUCUAUACGCCAUUGGCGGCCGCAACACCGACGGCCUAUUGGCCACCAUAGAAAGCUACCAACCUUCAACCAACACAUGGCAGCUCCGCACCCCAAUGGAUAUGCCAAGAUGCUGCCAUUCCAGCGCGGUCCUUCCCUCAGGAGAUAUAUUAGUGACCGGCGGCUACGUCAACUGCGCAUACUCCCGCUCUGUCAUCCAAUACAGCAUUGACAGAGAUGCAUGGAGCGAGAAAGGAGAGCUGGAAACACCACGCGGGUGGCAUUGCUCUGCAUUACUAGCAGGAAAAGUGUAUGUUGUUGGUGGAAGCCAAUUGGGAGCGGGUGGAGUCCGUAUUGAUGUGAUGACCAUGGAGGUUUAUUCUUCGGAGAGCCAGGAGUGGAGUAGAGCUGCUAAUCUGCCAAUAGGAGUGAGCACGGCUGGGAUGUCCCCAAUCGGGAGUCAUCUGUAUAUAUUAGGUGGAUGGAAUGAAGCAGAAAAGCGCUACAAGUCGGCGGUGCAGAGGUAUGAUCCUGGCACCGACAGCUGGGCAGCAGUGGAGGAUCUACCUGAACCCAUCGUUGGAGUGUCCUGCUGCGCUCUGGGUUUGCCUCCAAGACACACGUCCCGCAGACACCGAAACACCCCGUCCCAUGAAGACCACAGCAGUGUGACUCUGCAGAACAACACUGCAUGAGAAGAUAUAACAGUUUAUAGAGAAAGACAAAAUGAAGAAGAGAAACAGUGUAAAAAUAUCUGUUAAUUAACAGUGUUUUCUGUUUAUUAAUGCUUGUGAAUUGCAUUUUGGGAGCUUGAUCUGUUCUCUGUCGACUUCUGAUAUAAAUUUAAACUCUGCAGUUUAACAAAGUGACUUUUAUUAUUGACAGUUUAGUCGUUUGAAAUGAUAUAAAUGUAUAAUAAAUAAUAUAUAGAGAAAUAAGUCAGUAAAAUGUUCUGGGAGUUGAUUGCAUGGUGUUUGUAGCGUAAUCUCCAACACCAACCCAGACAAAAUAGCACUUUAAACUAUUAAAAAUGUUCAGAAAAGUGACUAUAUUUGAAAUUCUGACGGUUAAAGGUUGUUGGACGAAAGAUUAAAGUCCCAUAAUGCAAGUCAAAAGCAUAAACAAUGAGGAAAAAUCAAAGUAUGAAUCACAAAAUAUAAGAAAGCUGCUAAUUUACGGAUAUUUUACACCAGUGUAGGGUGAAAAGAGAGAGAUUGAUGGAGAGAAGAAGUGAGAGAACAAGAAAGAGAAAUUUGGGAUUGAAAAUUUGAGAGUAUAAAGAGUAAACAGUGUUGGGGAAAGUUACUUUUGAAAGUAAUGCAUUACGAUAUGGAGUUACUCCCCCAAAGAGUAACUAGUUACAUUACUUUUUAUUGUAAUUAAUGCCAGGGGUGCCGCAGGGAGGGAGGGGGGUUAUGACGAUUCUAAGGGCGACUCCACGUCUGUACUUGAGUAAUGUGUUACGUUACUUUUAAGUUACUUUUUCUUAAGUAAGUUGCGUUACUUUGUUACUUUUUAAUGUGACUAAUAAAAUUAGGACGAUUCUAAGGGCCCAUGCUGUUUUGGGGCCCCACCACCCUCCGCUCUGCACUUUUGUUCUCGACUACACGUCUCCCACCCCCAAUGUUGUCAUCGGGCCCGUACCGGCAAACGGCGUCCCUGAAUAAUGCAUUACAAUACUUUUGAUUUACUUUUAAUCUUCACUUUCGUCCAUGACUCCACCCCCUCCCUCUUUUUUUUUUUUUGCUAACUUUAGUCCGCGACACACUCAAAAUCUUGUCACAGGGCCUGUAAUGGCCAGCAGCACCUUUAAGUAGUGUUACGUUACUUUUAGUUACUUUUUCUUAAGUAAAAGUAACUAGUUGUGUUACUUUUUACUGUGACUAAUGAAGAUAGGACAAUUCUAAGGGCCCAUGACGUUUUGGGGCCCCCCAGAGACACUAUACCACCACAACACCCCCACCAACCCCACUCUUCACUUUUGUUCACGACUACACGUUCCACACCCCCAAUGUUGUCAUAGGGCAAUAAUGCGUUACGUUAUCUUUUGAGUUACUUUUAAUUAAGAGAAAGUAGUUAGUUGCGUUACUUUUUAUUGUGAUUAGUGGCAGGGGUGCCACUAAGGGAGGUGGGGGAUAUGUGGAGUUAGGACGACGGGGUCCAUGCCGAAGAGGCCCACCCGCUCUUCACUUCCGUCCGUGACUCCACUCACCUCUCCCACCUCCCUUUCCUUUUUUUCCCACUUUCGUUCUCGACACCCUCAAAAUGUUGUCACAGGACCCAUACCCCUCAGCGGGGACCCCGAGUAAUAUGUUACGUUAAGUAAAUAGUUGCAUCACUUUAUUACUUUGUAUUGAGACAAAUGAACGAUUCUAAGAGCCCCCCAGAGAUACUAUCAGGGGCCCACAACCCCCCUCCCCCCCGCUCUUCACUUUUGUCCACGACUACACGUCCCCCACCCAAUGUUGUUAUAGGGCCCGAACCUGCCUGUGGCGUCCCUGAAUAAUGCGUUUCAUUACUUUUGAGUUACUUUUCUUAAUUAAAACUAGUUGCGUUACUUCGUUACUUCUUAUUGUGGUUAAUGCCAGGGGCGCCACUAGGGGGAGAAAGUUAGGACGAUUGGGCUCAUGCCACAUUGGUCCCCCAGAGAUACUAUUAGGGGCCCACCCGGGCGCUAAUCACUUUUGUCUGCGACUCCAUGCCGCCCCCGCCCCCCCACUUUCGUAUGUCAACUCCAUCCGUCCUCCUAUUUCGUCCGCGACACCUACGAAAUGUUGCCAUUGGGCCUAUACCAGGCAGUGGCAGCCCUGAAUAAUGCAUUACAUUACUUUUGAGUUACUAAUGAGAAUACUUCCAUCGCAGAAAAGUAGCCCAGAUAAGUUUCAAAAAGUAACUCAAAUAUUGAUUAAAAAAAAAAAAAAAAAGUAAUGCUACUAGUUACUUGAAAAAUAUUAAAUAACUCGCAUUACUUGUAAUGUGGUACCCCCAACACUGAGUGUAACACCAUCAAAAGGUGUAGUUCACUAAAACCUGAAAUUUAUGAAAUGAUUUACUCAUCACAAACCUUUGGGUUUCUGUCUUCUGUUAGACACUAAAGAUAUUUUGAAAAAUCUGUAGAUACUUGUAACCAUUAACCUCUAUAGUAUUUGUUUUUCUUACUAUGGAAGUCAAGGUUACAUCUUUAGAAUAUCCUAUUCUUCAACAGAAUAGGGAAACUCAAAGGUUUGGGAUCACUUGAGGUUGAGUAAAUAGUCAUUUCAAAUUUUUGGGUGAACUAACCCUUUAAGUCUUUGUUUUAGUCUUGUUCUUAAACACCAGAGAUGCUUUUAGAUUCACUGGAAGUUCAGAGAACAGGCACUACAUGAAUGAAGAAUAUGAAAGGUACAUUUCACACACGCCUCUGCAGUGUGAGGAAUAUAGUGAAGUUUAUGGAAGAGUUUUAGAAAUUGAGCCGAACAGUUCUACUGAAAACACCAUUAUAUAAAAAGCUUCAUUCAGUAGUGCUGAAUAAAGCAGCAAUUGUUUAUUUAUUCCUCAUAUUUAUUUAUUUUUUAUUCUAAAUGUUCUCUCUCACUUUUCAAACUCAGUCACCGCAAAUAUCACUCAGGGGUAUUUAAGAUUUGUAUUAUUUAUACACAAACACAUGAAAUUAGUUAGAAAGGGGUUUCAAAUGUUGCCAAUUUUAAAUUAGCGCAGCCACAAAUUUAAAAUACACUCAAUUGUUCAACCUCAAGUUCUCCAAACCCUCAGGGGUUUCUUCAUUCUGUUAAACACUAUCAUUUUGAAGCUGAAACCUGUAACCAUUGACAUUCAUAGCAGGAAAAACAAAUCCUACAGAAGUCAAUGUUUACCGGUUUCUUCGUCUUUUUGUCAAACACAAGAUAUUCCAAUGAGGUUUGAAACAAGUGAUGGGCAAAUAAAUGAAUUUUCAGGUUUAAAUGAGCCAUCUCUUUAACUCAUGGUCUAUAAACUGACUAAUGGUAAAAGUUUCCUUCCCCAUUCUAGCCCAUUGAUGUUUCUUGUUUUAAAGUGACCGUAAUGUCUCAAUAACAUCUCUUUACUUUCUUUAUAUGAUCAUUACAAUGAACAUCUGUAACAGAUAAAACAUGAUCUUCCAAAACAAAGAUGUCAGCUCCCGAAUGCACAGCCAAGUGGGAAUUCCAGUAUAAGAGAACAGCCUAGAGCAGGGGUGUCAAACUCAAUUCCUGGAGGGCCGAAGCCCUGCAGUUUAGUUCCAACCCUGCUCCAACUCACUUACAUGUAGGUUUCAAACAAGCCUGAAGGACUCAAUUAGUUUGAUCAGGUGUGUUUAAUUAGGGUUGGAACUAAACUGUGCAGAGCUGCGGCCCUUUUAGGACUGAGUUUGACAUCUGUGGCCUAGAGUGUAUCUGCUACUAGAUCUCAGAUUUAAAUAAAGCUUAAUUGAUUAAACCCGAA